GGCGUCUGCGGCCUGCCGAACCCAUUGGGCGCGUGGUGCGGAGGGAUACGGAGGCCAGGCGUUAGAGCGGGGGGAGGGCGGAGGAGGCGAAGAAGAGGGACGCUCUGCUGACGGCCGGCCCGUCGACAUGGCCUCGGACCUGGAGAGCCUCAACCCCAGCGCUCGGAUCAUGACCUUCCGCCCUACCAUGGAGGAGUUCCGGGACUUCAGCCGGUACAUCGCCUACGUGGAGUCUCAGGGCGCCCACCGCGCCGGGCUGGCCAAGAUUAUCCCUCCGAAGGAGUGGAAGCCGCGGCGGUGCUACGAUGACAUCGACGAGCUCGUCAUCCCGGCGCCCAUCCAGCAGGUGGUGACGGGGCAGUCCGGCCUCUUCACUCAGUAUAACAUCCAGAAGAAGGCCAUGACGGUCCGCGAGUUCAGGAGGAUCGCCAACAGCGACAAGUACUGCACACCCCGCUACACAGACUUUGAAGACCUUGAACGAAAAUACUGGAAGAACCUGACGUUCAACGCCCCUAUCUAUGGCGCUGAUGUUAAUGGCACACUCUAUGACACGCAUGUAGAUGCAUGGAAUAUUGGCAGACUGAACACGAUCCUGGAUAUUGUGGAGAACGAAAGUGGAAUAACCAUUGAAGGAGUGAAUACUCCUUACCUGUAUUUUGGCAUGUGGAAAACUUCCUUUGCUUGGCACACUGAGGACAUGGAUCUCUACAGUAUUAAUUACUUGCAUUUUGGGGAACCCAAAUCAUGGUACUCUAUCCCUCCAGAGCAUGGGAAGCGACUGGAGAGACUUGCAAAAGGUUUCUUCCCAGGAAGUGCCCAAAGCUGUGAAGCAUUUCUCCGUCACAAGAUGACCCUCAUCUCUCCAUCAAUUCUGAAGAAAUACGGCAUCCCAUUUGAUAAGGUGACGCAGGAGGCUGGAGAGUUCAUGAUAACCUUUCCUUAUAGCUACCAUGCCGGCUUUAAUCAUGGCUUUAACUGUGCUGAAUCUACCAAUUUUGCUACUCUACGAUGGAUCGAGUAUGGGAAGCAGUCUGUCCUGUGCUCGUGUCGGAAGGACAUGGUGAAGAUCUCCAUGGAUGUGUUUGUGAGGAAAUACCAGCCAGAUCGUUACAAGCUUUGGAAAGCUGGGAAGGACGUGACUGUCAUCGAUCAUGCUCUUCCAACGCCAGAGGCAGCAGAGUUCCUUAAAGGAGAUCUCAUGCAAAAAGUGAAGAAUGGGAAACAGUGUGUUGAGGAGAUGGAAACAGGAGAGAUGUGUAAAGAGGAGGCAGAUGGGAAUGAGGCAAAAAGCAUCCCCAAGCAUCGCAUAGGAACAAAAAGGCACAGGGUCUGCCUGGAAGUCCCUCAGGAGGUGAGUGAGAGUGAGGCCUUCCCCAAGGAGGAGCUGAGCUCCACACAGUAUGAAGCAGACACGGCACAGCCUCGUGAGAGACCUGCGAGUGAACUUGUGCAGCAAAGUGGACAAAGGCUUAAGCUUGCAGAUCGUGUGGAUUCAGCCAAAUUUGAAGAACUGAAGACAGUGAAGCUUGAGGAGGAAGAAGAGCAAGAAGCAGCUGCAUUGGAUCUCUCCAUUUCACAUGCUUCAAAUUCCAGUUCAGUGUUGCCAGCUUCAAAGCAGAGUGCAGCAUCCAGUGUUCAGUCCAGCUCUCCUGCCUAUUCUGGUUCAUCAGACUCUGAAUCAAGUGAUCUGUUGGCAAAACGAACUCUUCCUGGACCAGCUCGAGUGCUUACAGUCCAUAGCUAUGCUAAAGGAGAUGCCAGUGGAUCUGACAGUGAACAGACUUCGGGGACAAAAGCCAGUGCCACCAGCAGUGUGAAUGAGCAAGAACUGGCAGAGGUUGCAAAGGAGUACAUAAGAUCAGUGAAGGAGAGUAAGAAGUCCAAAGGUCGUCGCCAACCAUUGAGCAAGCUCCCACGCCAUCACCCACUCUUGGUUAAAGACUGCAUUAGUGAUGAUGAGGCAUCAGAACAACUAACUCCUGAAGAAGAGGCUGAGGAAGCAGAAGCAUGGGCCAAGCCGCUUAGCCAGCUGUGGCAGAAUCGACCCCCAAAUUUUGAGGCAGAAAAAGAGUACAAUCAGACCAUGGCUCAGCAGUCUCCCUACUGUGCUGUUUGCAUGCUCUUCCAGACAUACCAGGCAGAGUGUGGAGGCAGCAGUCAGAGUUCUGGAGAAACUCCAGCUGCUGUGGAUGGGAGGGUCCGAACCAAACCCCUGAUUCCUGAAAUGUGCUUUACUGCAACUGGCUGCAGCACUGACCUCAAUCUUUCAACCCCCUACCUAGAGGAAGAUGGAACCAGUAUACUCAUCACAUGCAAGAGCUGCCACGUGUGUGUUCAUGCAAGUUGUUAUGGUGUACCCCCUGACAAGGCCACUGAAGACUGGAUGUGCUCCAGGUGUACAGAAAAUGCCUUAGAAGAGGACUGCUGUUUGUGUUCAUUACGAGGAGGAGCACUGCAGAGAGCCAAUGAUGACAAGUGGGUUCAUGUGAUGUGUGCUGUGGGUGUACUGGAGGCAAAAUUUGUGAACAUUGCAGAACGGAGUCCUGUAGAUGUUGGCAAAAUCCCCCUGCAACGUUUCAGACUGAAAUGCAUCUUUUGCAAGAAACGAAGAAAGAGGGUUGCAGGUUGCUGUGUACAAUGCUCACAUGGUCGAUGUCCCACAUCCUUUCAUGUCAGCUGUGCCCAAGCAGCAGGGGUCAUGAUGGAGCCUGAUGACUGGCCAUUUGUUGUCUUCAUUACCUGCUUCAGACAUAAGACUCCAUCUCAGGCAGAGAGAGCUAAGGCUGCACUCCAGGAUCUGUCACCUGGACAGAUAGUCAUCAGUAAGCACAAGAAUGGUCGCUUCUAUCAGUGUGAAGUGGUCAGCCUUGCAAAGGAGACUUUCUAUGAGGUCAACUUCGAUGAUGGUUCCUUCAGUGAUAACCUGUAUCCAGAGGACAUUGUGAGUCGAGACUGUCUUCAGUUAGGUCCCCCUGCUGAAGGGGAAGUUGUGCAGGUGAGAUGGACAGAUGGACAAGUUUAUGGAGCCAAAUUUGUCACUUCACAUGCCAUCCAGAUGUACCAGGUGGAAUUUGAAGAUGGGUCUCAGCUGAUGGUGAAAAGGGAUGAUGUGUAUACUCUUGAAGAGGAGCUUCCUAAGAGAGUGAAGUCAAGGCUGUCAAUAGCUUCAGAUAUGCGCUUCACAGAGAUCUUUGCAGAGGAGGAGGUCAGACAAGAGAGGAAGAGACAAAGAGUGAUCAAUUCACGCUACCGUGAAGAUUACAUUGAACCUGCAUUGUACCGGGCCAUCAUGGAGUAAGCGCUGCCUUUGCCUGUGGCAGAGGAAGAAGAUGCCCACCUCCCCCCAAGGAUGUAAACGCUCCAGUAACAACAGGCCAUAUUUGGAUGCUUCAAAUCCAGGGUUUUUUUGUUUUGUUUAUUAAGGAAGCUAAAACGCUGAUGCUCUGCAGUAGCUGAAAGGCAGCUGUUGGAUAGUGAAACAGAUCCCAUUUGCUGAAGCUGAAGCCUGCAGACUCCUGGUCUGAAGUUGAGUCCUUAGUGAAUAAGCCAGCUUGGGGGUGUUGCUUUCAUCUCGUCGAGCAGUCUUGCUUUUUUUAUUAAAGACAGUUUUGAGAAGUGGCAAACUCUUUUGGGAGUUGUAGCCAGAAAUCUUGGCAGCUGCAGAAUAGUAUGGUCUAUUGUUCUAAUUGAAUCAUGUUCCUGAUAUUGAGAGUCUCUCUGGCGACCACACCUGGGUUUGAGCAGGCAGUAUUACUGGUGCUUGAAAUUGAACCUCUUUUUAUAUUUAUAUCCAUCUUUUUGUCGCAAGCAGCUUCAGUCUCUUGUUUCUCAGUACCUCCUUUCAGAAGGUCAUGCUGUAGGCUGUUCAGAUCCAAGCAGACAGGAGGUGCUUGUGUGAACAGAUGAAAUGUGAAAUUGAAUCCCAUAGGAAAAAUUAUUUAACCCUUCAUUUAAUAUUUUUGUUUUGACUUACUUUAAUUGUAAGUUUAACUGUAAUUGUAUGUGCCUCAGAAUCAGUGGAACCUGUCUGGAGCCCUGCGCAGUGCAGCCUUCUAACAAGAGUAGGCGUUCAGCUCCCAAAGAGUUUCUUCAGAGUUUCUCCCCACUCCCUCUAAGGCAAUAAUGACCAAAGGGACUCUCCCUUCGUGAAACCCAAGCACCGCAGUGUUGGGGAUAACAGGGCAGCAGUAUCUGAAGCAGUGUGGUGCCUCUUCAAUGGCAGCACUGACUGUCGUGUGUCUGGCUGCAGGCUUCUGCUUAGAACAGCUAAUACUGGGUCUGAGACAGUUAAAACAUGCACUGGACUGUAUUACUGAAAGGCUGUGCAGUGCUCUUCUGAAGCAGGGGUGCUGCUGUGUUGUUGUCUAGCAAAGGUUACCACAGCAUUUUUAUAGAGUAUUAGUAGGUCACAUCUCAGUUGUUGGAGACAACUUGUUACCCCAGCCACAGGAGACUGAGUUGAGCUGGGCAGUAGGUGUACCCAGAAGAUGCACCAAUGUAUUCCUAGUAAUUUCAGCAUUACCACAGCACAGUAGGAGCCACCAUGUAAAUACAUGUUCCUUUCCUAUUCUGUAGGAAAGGCAUUUUAUGCUGUUGAGCAGAUUGGCCACCUUCUUGCAUGAGGUGACUUUUUCUCCUGGAGAACAGUUAGGGCUACGUGUUCUCUAGGAAGAAUUCAAGAGGAGAAUUUUCUAGUGAAAACAGACCUAAUGCAUCCCUGCUUCUACAGGGACGUGGCAAUGUGUCUGCAAAGUCUGGAUUUGUAAUUUUUUUUUCCCCUUUUGUUACAUAGGAAUGCUAUAAACCAAACUCUGAACCCCGCCCCGGUGCAUCGAUUUGUGAUUAGCAAUAAAAUGUAGUGUUGUGUAGUGAUACAACUCUUCAUCAGAAAGGAAAUAAACUGCAACUUUUAUAAAGAAAAUCUUACUUAUCCCUACGUUUUAUAGGGUGAGGAGGCUGAUAUGAGUAGCAGAGAUUUGCACAACCACUGUUUUGCAUAGAGGUAUUCUAUCUUCUUUUUUUUGGUGGAGUACCUUGUUCAUCAACACCGGAAGGCUUAAACAGACUUGGGAAGGAUAUAGUGGCUUCCCCUUGUGGCUUUGGUUUGCUCUGUGUGUGUUUGUUUUUUCCCAUGUCCAGAACUCCUGUCUCAGGGUAUUACAUUGCUUUCUGAGGAAUGGAAUAGUUGGCUUGGAAAAACUAGGAUCUGUUGGAAUCAGAACACAGUAGCUGCAGUUACUCUGGUCUAGGCAAUGGAAAGGCAAUUGCACUUUGACAUCUUAGCUUGUACGUAAGCCUCUGUGAAUUGAUGUGCUGUGAGCAGAUGUGAAGAAGAGCCGAUAGGGCCUUAGAAAACUUGCUUCUGUUCUCUCAACGUAUCUUAAGAUUUGGCAUUAACUUCCCAGAAGCUGAACAUUACCUGUAUAUUAGUGGAGAACAUAGUCUUCAUAUCAUCUGCCAUUCUUCCUCCAGAGAAAAGGUGUCUGUAUUCAGGCUUUCUUCCCAAACUGCCAUAUGACUUAAAUGCGUCAUUUAGAUGCCAUGUGCUACCUAUGCUGCAAACACCUGGCUCAACAGUUUGAUUCUAGAAUGAUGACCUAGUACAUAACAGCUGGAUUUGUUUGGAGUGCUGUUCAACUGCAGCAGGUUUUGCCACCCACUUCUAACAGUAUUGAGUAUUUGUUCUGGAAGAGGAGCUUUGUUAUGCUGCAUUUUCUGCAGACUCCAGAUUUGCUCUUGUCAGUUGGCUGCGCUGUGACGGAAACUGCUGCCAUCCCACACCCUGAGACAAAGAGUUCUUCUCUUGUGCUGCAUCAUUCAAAUGUGGGCAUAUUUAACCUGUUGCAGUGACUAAACUGCCUUUUGGCUUCUCUCCAUGAACUUAAAAUUGGGGAUCCUAAUGUUUCAGGGGGUCUAUAUUAUUUGAUUUUGCAAAAACAAUUGGGUUUGUGGCUUAAAGUAUAACAGGUAGCAAUAAAAGCUCUUUGCAGAGUAGCCAUCUCAAAGGUAUAUAUGCUUUCUGUUACCUGUAUUUUGAUCUUGACUGAUAAUGAUUUUCUCCAGUGCAUUUAUCCCUGUUGCAGCAUCAUUCGAGUGAGGGCAAGGUGCUGCCAGGGUAUCAGCUAGGCUUCUUGAAUGUGUUCGUUAGGAAAUCACACUCAGUAUGCCCCACAGGAGCUUGGGUGGCCCCUCCUUAGGUCUGUUGCGUGUGGUGCUGCAGGCAGUAGACCUCCUCACUUCACUUCUCAUGAAGCUUCCAUCCGUGAGUGGUUCAGGUUGGACCCAUAAAAAGCAUUUUUAAUAUAAACAGAUAGUGGCUUGGCCCUAGUUCAGGACGAGCUUGGCAAGCCAGUGAUUACUUUUUUUAUAAGGUUUAAAAAAGUGACUGUAUUCUCUGUAAAGCACCUGAAUUGCAGUAAUGUUUCUGCCUCUGGCUGGGCUUCUAGGAGACCUCUUCCUCAACCAGCAGACCCUUCAGAUGACCACAGACAGUACCCUCUGUAGUAGGACUCCUUCUCCUUGCUCCUUCUCUAUCUUCCUAGUGUUUUGAGCUGGGUUGAAUUGAUUCUGCACUGUUUGAGGAGCGUAGCCACAUCUCAAGGCUUCCAAUGCACCUCUGUUCUUCCAUUCUCUUAACUGGGCUCCUGUUGUCUGACAUGUCUGCAGUCAUGCUUGGUUUUUUAAUGCAAACAUGGGAUGAAAUCAAGACGCUGGUAGCCUGUAUGUUGUUUUACAUUUGUUCAAGUAAUAAAUCUAAUUUGAAAAUGGACAA